UAGGAGCGGGUCACCACCUCUGGCUGCUGGGUUAGCUAGGAGUGGGUCACCUCUGGCUGCUGGGUUAGCUAGGAGCGGGUCACCACCUCUGGCUGCUGGGUUAGCUAGGAGGGAGUUGCGUGGGUAAAUAAGUAAAAAAAGAUUCCAGGCUGUGUGUGUGUGUGUGUGUGUGUGUGUGUGUGUGUGUGUGUGUGUGUGUGUGUGUGUGUGUGUGUGUGUGUGUGUGUGUGUGUGUGUGUGUGUGUGUGUGUGUGUGUGUGUGUGUGUGUGUGUGUGUGUGUGUGUGUGUGUGUGUGCAUGUGUUUCAGGGUUUGUGGAAUACAGGACUGUUUUUCAGUUAGCUAACAUGUACUAACAUGUGCUCACACAAGAAGGCCCACUUUUUUUGCAAAUCUUGCCACUGCCUCAGGGAUGAGCCAAUCUUCAUUCAAAACUAAGAGACAGUUUAAAAUAAUUUAUGUCAGAUGAUGGCUGACAGAUUGAUAGCUUUUGACCAACUUUUAUUCUCCGUGUUGAUUGCCAUAGUUGUUAUUUAGCGCCCCCUAGUGACUAAAGUAAAGUGUGCCUCUGUACAAGGUUUUCUUAAUGGGACAUUGUGAUUCCAGUCAAGACUGCUCUUGAGUACACUGCUGUAGCGUGUCUAUUGGUCCAUUGAAAUGAUUCCCCAUUUUGAAGGAUAUUUCUUUACCUACAUGUUCUUGUUGCCCUUAGGACAUUAAAUAUGCAGGGCAGUAUUUCCUACUCACCCCCAGCCAUAGCUGUCGGGCCAGGGUGAGGAGGCUGGACAGAGAGAGCCACAAGAGGGAAGAGAAGGAGGAGGGAGUGGAGGAGAGAGUGAGAGGCGAAAGGAGGCCGCUUGGAGACGUUAGAAGAGUAGACAUUGGACGAGAAGGAACUUCAGCACUUCCUGUGACUAACGGCAGUGUGUCUCACUGGGGAACAGCGUCAGCGACCCACACUGAGCCUGGAAGACAGCGGAGCCACGGCCGGGUUCCCAUGGCAGCGGCACUCUAGUGCUGCCAUGGCAGCUGCUGCCAUCGAUGCCUCACACCAUAUCACCACACUGACCACGGAGGAGCGGGAGAGACGGAGCACGGCCAGGCUGUUUGGGAGGUCGGAGAGGGAGCCAGAGAGAGUGAGAGAGCGGGGCUUUGAGGCGGAGAGGGGAAAGAGGCAGGUGGAGAGAGAGGCAGUGCUAGGAGGGCCCGCCGGCGGUAGUGAGUGUCUGGUGUGCGGUGCUCUGUUCGCAUCGCAGGAGAAGCUUCAUUUGCACGCCUUUAGCCACACAGUGGAGAAGGCCUUCCACUGCUCCCAGCCACACUGUCCCAAGGCCUUCAGUUCCAAAUACAAACUGUUCAGGCAUAUGGCCACACACUCGCCACAGAAGACCCACCAGUGCUCGUUCUGUGAGAAGAUGUUCCACCGCAAAGACCACCUGAAGAACCACCUGCAGACCCACGACCCCAACAAAGAGGCCUUCAAGUGCGAGGAGUGCGGCAAGCACUACAACACCAAGCUGGGCUACAAGCGCCACGUGGCCCUGCACUCGGCCACCGCCGGGGACCUGACCUGCAAGGUGUGCCUGCAGGGCUACGAGAGCACGCCAGUGCUGCUGGAGCACCUCAAGAGCCACUCGGGGAAGUCGUCCGGCGGCGCCAAGGAGAAGAAGCACCCGUGCGACCAUUGCGACCGCCGCUUCUACACCCGCAAGGACGUGCGCCGGCACAUGGUGGUGCACACGGGCCGCAAGGACUUCCUGUGCCAGUACUGUGCCCAGCGCUUCGGUCGCAAGGACCACCUGACGCGGCACGUGAAGAAGAGCCACUCGCAGGAGCUGCUCCGGAUCAAGACGGAGCCCCCAGACAUGCUGGGCCUGCUGAGUUCCGGGUCACCGCCCUGCUCCAUCAAGGAGGAGCUCAGCCCUAUGAUGUGUGGGAUGGGUCCCAAUAAAGACCCCAUGAUGGGGAAGCCCUUCCCCAGUGGCACUCCCUUCCCCAUGGGCAUGUACAACCCCCAUCACCUGCAGGCGAUGGCCAAUCCCGGGGUGGGUCACCCUCACCCGUCCCUGAUGCCCGGCUCCCUGUCUGCUGCGAUGGGCAUGGGCUGUCACAUGGAGCCCCCCCACCACCCCCUCCACCACCACCACCAUCACCACCACCACCACCACCACCACUCACCUCCGCUGCCCUCCCACCACCACCACCACCAGCCCCUCCCCUCACAGCAGCUGUCCCACACCCAGCCUGCUCUGAAGUACCAGCUGGGAUCUACCUCAUACCUGCUGGACAAGCCCUUGAAGGUGGAGAUGGAGAGCUUCCUCAUGGACCUGCAGAGCGGGCUGCCCGGGCCGCUGCACUCUUCAGACGACCACAGCGCUGCCUCGCCCACCAAGGACGGCCUGGAGGCCAGCUCGGGACUGGGGGACGAGCUGUGCGGCGGGGAGGCCCUUCUGUCCAAGAGCCCCACGGUGAUCGCAGAGUCUCUGUGUGCUGCUAACAUGGACUUCUCACACCUGCUGGGCUUCCUGCCCCUCAACCUCCCCCCUUACAGCGCCCCCAUGAGCACGGGAGGCCUGGUGAUGGGCUACACCUCAUCUGUGGCUCCCUCCUCGUCCUCCUGCUCUUCCUCCUCUUCUUCCUCAUCCCUGCACGCCACUGAUCCUCACGCCAUGACGACGGCAGCGGUCGCCACGGUGCCAAUUACCUCUUUGCAACUGCAACCUCAGGACAGCUCCAUGGGGGGGCUGGGACUCGGAACCCUGCACCCCCUGCCAGCAGCAUUCAGCUCCAGCCUCAGCGCCACCACCCUGCCUCGCUUCCACCAGGCCUUCCAGUGAGGGGCCAGGGAGCCUCCAGUACAGCCCGGGCUACGCUCAGCGUGGAUCCUCAAGGCUGUGCUCCAUCACAAAGGGUUUGAUCAUGAAAAAGGCUGAAGAAUUUGAAUGGUUAAAUUACAAAAAUAAAUACUGACUGAACACCUAGAAGCCUUGAUGAGAGCACACUAAAGCUUUUGAUUGGGCCUCGGAGGAGGCUAAACCCUUUUUUUACUUGAAGAAAGUAAGAGGUGAGAAAAUCAGUUGAAGCAGCUUAUAUUUGGGCUUUCUUUAUAUACCUUUUCUUUAUUUAGCUAUAAUGAUAUUUUAACCCAUUUCCUUCCAUAUAUUUUUCCCCUUAAACUCAUCCCUCCUUAUUCGCUAGUUUCGAGGACAGGAGGAGUCGGCCUAUGUGUGGUACUGCAUACUCCCAAAGUAAUAAUAUUUGAUAUAACAUAAAAUUGCAAAAGAUCAACUGUAGUUAAGAUAAUCCUGUCUUGUUGUGACCCAGAAAAAAAAAAUAGUUUGAAGUGGAUAUUUCGGUUGAAUUAUAAUUUUUUUACUGUUGCUUUUCCAAAUGUGUGAUCAUCCUAGAAUGUUCUUCAGUCUUCAGGCCUUCUGGAGCUGCUCCUGUCAGCAGGAGGGUGGGGAAGAGAUACAGAUCGAACCCCCACCCGCUGGGCUCUAGCCGCAAAGCAAAACCAAAAGGAAGCGCUCUCCAGAAAUAUGAUAAUAAUAACAACAAUAAUAAUAAUGAUAAUAAUAUUACCUUUCCUUUUGAAGUAACCAUUGUUUAAUAGUAAUUGAUAUUUUGCUGUUACAUACACACACAUAGACUACAUUCGCUUAAAAAUCAACAAACAAAAACAGUAACACACAAAUGAAUGGUAACUAAAAGAUUUCUGUGGCCGUUCAAAAUGGAUGUUAUUCUAGAUCAUGUUGUUCCUAAAGAGAAGCACUUUUUUUAACAGAAGGCACUUCACUUCCUGUGAAUCUGAUUCUAAAAUCUCCCCCUUCACAUCUCACCCCACAAAUCAACCACCUUUUGGAAAAUGGAUCCAUGGCCAUUUCAAAUGUAGAUUGUGGUGAUAGAAUGGGUCCCCCUGAACAAGCAGCGUCAGGUACCAUAGAUCUGAAAUAGAUAGGGUGGAAUAGCAAUUAGCUACACGUUGGUUUUUUAGAGAUGGACCAUGGAAACGGAAAACCCUGACAUAUGUGAAUGGCAAAAACAAGAAAACUGUUAUUGAAAUUAUGUUUAAGAAUGUUAUUGGAGUGUACAAAAUCUCAACAACAACAAAAUAUAUAGUUGCUUUUUAUCUCAGUCGAGUUUAUUUUAAGUAGGCGUGUAGAAACUAAGUGAUGGUGUUUUUAAUAAUUCAAUUGAUGAAGUAUUAGCUUUUACCCUGUCAUAUCAAUCUUCCCUCACUCUUUCCCUGCUUGAGGAAGGAGAGUAUCAUCACGGACUGUGGGUCCAAACACCUUUAGAAGGCUGAGUUCUAGGAGGCUUACAGCUAGAUUAAUAAGGUUUUUCUUCCAUACAAUUCACUAGGAAUGACCUGUGUUUCUGCAGUUAUAUAAGCAUAGUUUCAGUUGAAAAACGUAAAUUGCCCUGCCAUGAAAUCUUUUUUUCCACAACCAUGGGAGGUAACAGAGUCUUAUAUUUUUAGAAUUGACAACCUUUAGCCUGCAAAAAAAAGAACUUGAACCCAAAGUUUCAGCUUGAUUUUAAAAAGAUGCUCUUACCAUGUACCAGACGUCUCCCCUCAUAUCCUCAGUGUGUAGCCCAGCCAGCAGAACCCGAGCAUUUACAGUUUCAACGUCCAAAGACUGCAUUCAACCAUGGCAGCCUAACCUUUCAAACAAGCUGUCUAACAUUGUCAUCACAUCAAAAUACUUGUGUUCAUCGUAGGCAUCCGUUUUUACGCCCAGACGUAUCGCCCGCCCUUAUAUUACGAAUGAAGACCAGCAAAUUAAGGACGAUAAAAAAAUACAGAACAUCGACAAUAAAUGUAACUGCUGCUUUGCGCUCCAGAUGCUGAAUCAACUGUCGACCACUAGCCCGUCUGGACACAUGAUGUGAUGUGCAGUGAGAUACGAAGGUGCACAGAUUGACAUAUUUUGUUGUUUCACACGCCCACUGCUCUGAUACCCCUGUUUCCUCUCAGCUGCUUCUCUGAUUCAAAGGAGCAGGGUCAGAUCAAUGCCAGGGAUAUCUAGUAAGAGAAGCGUGUUUAUGCUUUGACAUUCAAAGUGCUGGGAACACAUGACAGGAGUGGCUGGCAGUAUUGGCUGUUGUCCUAUUUUGUUUGUUGUCAUAUGAUAUAUUAUCUUCUGUUUGUAAAAAAAACAGGACCUCGAGAAAAACAACGCAACACAUCACCUCAUUUAUUUGUUAACAUUUUUUCCUCACCAAAACCUGGGGAGAAGAAACAACACUUUUGCACACCAAUUGCUUUUCAGAAGACACUUAGCUAUGACUGUAGGAAACAAUCUCCAUGAAUGGCUCAGUGUCAGGAAACACGCAUUACCAUUGAGGAUAAUAUAUUCUAUUAGAAACGUAUAUUUGUAUUUCUGUAGUAUUUACCAAGUGUAUGACAUUCUAUAUCCAUAUCAAUACAAUAUUAUGCUAUAUCAUUAUAUUGAAAUAGCGAAAUUACACUUGUUUUACACUUAUUGGUCUUCCCGUGGAAAUACAUUUGGAUAUCAACUGAUCAAGAUAUUUCUUCUAAAUUACCGAAGUUGUAAUUAUCGAUUUACAAUUAAUUUCUUCUGAAUUUCAAUUUCUGGCUUCAGACAAAACUGAAGCAUUCAAAAUAAACAUUUAUUAUCUCUAUUUCUUUGUAAAAAAAACAACAACUAAAAAGCGAUUGGCAGGUAUUGUGUUGUCCUCCCUGGGUUUAUGUGAGCUAAUCUGAAUCUAGCACUUUCAACCUUAAAAAAAAAAGAGUAUUUUUUUUCUUUAAAAUGUUCUGCUUCUAUGUUUAUGUAUUGUGUGUAUUGAUCCUGUAUAUGUAUGUUCCAUCAGUUUGAUGUUUAGAUUUGAUCCAACUUUAUGUAUUUUCUCCUCAAAAUAAAUAACAGUAUUUUUUUAGAUUUAUAUCCACUAAUAUCCCUCUACAUAUGAGCCCCAACCUUUCAAACUAUUUUUUUCUAGGGGUGUUACCAACUUUUAUUUUUGUUCUUGGAAAAUAUUUCUUAUCAAAUGAAAUAGCCAGGAGCCUGAGGCAGAACUUGAACAACUACACAGUAGUUAUUUUUGUCAACUCUCAGCCAGCGUCAAUGUCCCCAACCCGCCCACCCCUAACUCGGGAGUCAGGGGGCAACCCCAAAACAUGGCACUUAUUUCUUGCACUGCUCAGAGAGUUGUCUGCCUUUCUCUAGAUGAGGAAUGGCCACAAUCCAACCAAUGACUAUAUCCAACAGAUGCUUGGAAAGUUUUUUAAAUCGGUAUUUCUACAACUGUGCUACUUUGAUUUGGUGUCAUGUGAUCAUUGUGGCUCAAGUAACCACAGAGUAAGGGCGCAAUGAUGAAAUCUAGUAUUGAAGAAGUGAACAAUUUUGAGACAGAGGAAGGAACCAGCCGGAGAGCCACAGCCUUCACAAGUUCUUAGAUUAUUCCUUAAACUGUGGUUUUCCGGCAAACAACAAAGAUCAUCCAGGUUGACAGAGUUAUUUAGGUACUGGCUGUCUUCAUACAACGGAGCUCCGUUUGACCAUUGAGGUGGAUCUCCCCCUGACUCCUACUACUGCUCCCAGGCCUGGCUAUAGCUCCAUUACCUCGUCUGUACCUGCUAGGGAUGCACUUAUCUUCCCCUCCCCUUGUUGUCUAGAAGGUGCAGAACAUACAUAUUUCGAAGGGAAUUUAUUCAUUAUGGUAUUAAGACUGACAGAAAAAAUGACCAGAUUGGAUUUUAUUAAUCAUUUUUUUGCUUUUAGUGAAGAACUGGAUGCCGUCUGAUACAGACAACAUCCACAUGUAGUGGUAUAUAUUUCUAGCUUAAAGUAAGUCUUGCAUUCCGAACUCUUUGUGUAUCUCGUUUUAGCGACAUAGCUUGUUUUAUUUUUACUUUUACAGCCAGCUUUGCAAAAAGGCGAAAGAAUGGAAAAUUGAAUCUUUACAUCCUUUUUCACUUACACUAUUUUAUAUAGCAUGGAGCUUAUCAACUACAGGGAGAAUUAUAUAAAUGAUAUACUUUUGGUGAAAGAAAGGAGAGAAAAAAAAAUGCUUUUUUUAAUUACAUAUCUCACAUGCAAUCAGUUGCUGCAAUGUUUGUGUAUUGGUUGAUCCAAAGAGAUGAUGAACACAACAGAACUAUUGACGUAUUAUACAGUACGAUGUUUCUUUGACUUGUCAUGUGUUAUGUGGAAAUGAUUAAAAGACAAACCAGUGGUUUAAUAA